GCCGCCCUCCCUCCGCCGCUCGCCCCCUCCGUCCCGGGCGCGCCCAUGUCCUCCACGCCGGUGCGCUCGCCCACCCUGCGGCCGCACAGGAUGAAGAAGGACGAGUCCUUCCUGGGCAAGCUCGGCGGGACGCUGGCCAGGAAGAAGAAAGCCCGAGAGGUGACUGACCUGCAAGAAGAGGGUAAAAAUGCUAUCAACGCGCCGAUGUCGCCUGCUCUCCCUGAUCUGCACCCGGAAGAUACUUUACUCGAGGAGAAUGAAGAGCGCACCAUGAUUGAUCCCAACUCGAAGGAGGAAGCCAAAUUUAAAGAACUCAUCAAGGUUUUAAUUGACUGGAUAAAUGAUGUCCUGGUUGAAGAAAGAAUCAUUGUCAAGCAGCUUGAGGAGGAUGUCUAUGAUGGGCAGGUGCUACAGAAGCUCUUGGAGAAACUAGCUGGCCGUAAGCUCAACGUGGCCGAAGUGACGCAGUCGGAAAUAGGCCAGAAACAAAAGCUGCAGACUGUCCUGGAAGCUGUCCACGAUUUGCUGCGACCCCACGGCUGGGCUAUCAAGUGGAACGUUGACUCAAUCCAUGGCAAGAACCUGGUGUCCAUUCUCCACCUGCUGGUGGCUCUGGCGAUGCACUUCCGGGCUCCCAUCCGACUUCCUGAACAUGUUUCUGUGCAAGUGGUUGUCGUAAGGAAGCGGGAAGGUCUUCUCCAGACAGCCCAGGUCACAGAAGAGCUCACCACCACCACAGAGAUGAUGAUGGGUAGAUUUGAGCGAGAUGCUUUUGACACACUCUUUGACCACGCUCCAGAUAAACUAAGUGUCGUAAAAAAGUCCCUGAUCACUUUUGUGAACAAGCACCUAAAUAAACUUAAUCUGGAAGUGACAGAAUUAGAAACCCAGUUUGCAGAUGGCGUCUACCUGGUUUUACUGAUGGGUCUCCUGGAGGACUAUUUUGUUCCGCUCCACAAUUUCUAUUUAACGCCUGAAAGUUUUGAUCAGAAGGUUCACAAUGUUUCCUUUGCUUUUGAACUGAUGCAGGACGGAGGGCUGAAGAAGCCCAAAGCUCGACCAGAAGAUGUUGUCAACUUGGACCUGAAAUCUACCCUAAGAGUUUUGUACAACCUGUUUACAAAAUACAAGAAUGUUGAAUGACUUGGAGACCUCCUGAGACUCUAAUCUUCGCAAGCAUCUUCUUAGCAGGGAGAGGAGGAAAAAGACCUUCCCUUUUUCUUCCUUCUGUGCCAUAUGCUGUGCUCCCUGGUGCACGAUGGUGCCUCUUCUUUUAUUAGCAUUAUCUGCCUGUAACUCUUCUAUGCUUUGAACCCACUUUGAAAUGUAGCUUUAAUUCCUUGAACUACCCACAGUGUGCUUGUUUGUUCUAGAAGGCUCUCAUGUGUUGCUUUCAGCACAAGCACCUUCUUCCAUUAGUGUAGAUUGCAGUUAGGGUGAAUUCUGGUGAUGAGAAGAUUUGAAGUGGUUGAUGACGGAGUGCUAGGAUGCCUUUUGUCCAGGUAAUGGGCUUCUGGGUCCUUCUCUCUGUUUCAACUCUCCAGUGAACCCACUAGGAGGCUUUAGGCUGGCCACUCUCAGGGUCCACACAUGCAAUAAAGAAAUAAUCAUAGACAUCCUUACAGGGUCAUUGUACGUAUACACUGAGAUCAUGAAUGGGAAGCAACUUGAACACUCCCAAGUGCUAUAGGAAUGCUAAGCAGUAAGUUGCUAUAUUUUCCCAGUCUCCAGGGUAUAAUAUUGACACAUAUGAUAUAGGUAUGGGUGAAACCAAUGUUGGUUGGAGUGUGGAAUUUAAUUCAUUUUCAAAUGUGUGCGGCUAUGAGGUAGGAAGUAGCUGUAAUCCGUUCGCGAAAGGACCAUUCCCUCCCUCCAGACUUUCAGAGGGGUGUGUGCAUCUCCUCUGCUCCCUCCUCUACACCCUGAUUUUAGACAUAUAUACCCCAGCCCUAUUCAUUAAGCCACUGCGCGGCUUAUUUCAUAAUAUGAUCUCUGUUCAAUUAUAUUUUGUUAUUUUGAGAUUGUGCCCUGGAACUCUUCUAUGUAACUUUUGGAGUCCUUGUCGACCUUUCUGUCUUACCCUCCUACCAUUCAGUAUUAUUGCCACUAAAUACACUGUGAAUCUCA